CGGUGAACCACAACUGGUCAACGGUCGUGUACAAUAAUUGCAUUGGUAUAGAUCUAUGCAAGACAAAGAGAAAACAAAGUCAUGACUGUACGCUAAAAUACAAGGUUCAGAUGAUGAAAAUCCACCAGGUACUGACAUGGAUUUUUGGAGCACUUCUACUAGUCGCUGAAGUUUCCUCAGAACGAUCUCGUCAACUUAUAGGAUCUGAGUUUGUCACUGAGACUGUGAAGAAUUUUUUUCAGUGUCAGAGUUUGUGUGAUCGCCGGUCUCUGUGCAAAUCGGUGAAGUACAAUUCCAGAACAAGAGCGUGUACGUCAAAUUACCGUGAUAUCAAAUCCUCCAAUACGCCUUUGACUCCUGUAGAAUCCUGGGUAAUAUUUCAAGACAAAUCUGCAAAGCCGGUGAGUAGUGUUUGUCGCAGCAAAUCGUGUGCAGAAAACCAGGUGUGUGUGCAGCUUGGAUCCAAAGGAAACUGUCUUACAGAAGCUCCCACACCAUGUCAGAAGGAUUUUGUGAAAUUCAAAGAGAGCUGUUACUGGUUUUCCUCUGACUCAACGUUCCGAUCAUGGGCUCAAGCCAAGGUAUAUUGCGAAAACAUCAAUGCUUACCUUACGACUAUUACGUCAGAGGAAGAAGACAGAUUUAUCAUGGAACACCUGCUCAAAAACGAAACAGGCGGUGGCUACUUGGUCGGAGCUAAUGAUGAACAGCAGGAAGGCUCUUUCUUCUGGAUGACGAAUGGAGAACCCGAGCGCGUAAGCUACACGAACUGGGCCCCAGGUCAACCCGAUAAUGCUGGAGACGAAGAGGACUGCAUCGAGAUAUGGGGAAAUGGUUCCCCAUGGCCCUUUUCGUGGAACGAUUGCCGUUGUGACCUUCUAUACAGAUUUAUCUGCGAACAGAAUUAGGAACAUGAGAGCUAU